AGGAGGUGUCUGGGGAGAGAGAAGUCUGGGCAUCCCUGCUUAGACUGUUACCCCUGCGACCCGGCCCCGGAUAAGCGGAAGAGAAUGGAUGGAUGGACGUUUAGAUGAGUGCAUGAAAACAGCUUAGAAUUUUUAGAAUAUUGCAUAAUUUUGUCAUAGUCAUAUACAAAUAUGUAACUUGUCCAUGUAAUAUCUAUACACUAAACUGCACAUGUGACAGCUGGAGUUAGUUUCAGAUAUUUUAAUCCAAAAUAUUUUUGAUAGAUGUCAUACCCCAGCAAAUCUUGUAGAAAUUGGUGUUACUUUGAAAAGCUAUAAGAAAAUGUGUACAAAAAUGAAGAUUCAACAAAAUAGAAAAAUUUAAGUGAAAAGGAAACCCAAAAAUGGACAAAUAGCAAAAUGUCCAAAAUGGUAAAUAAAUUAAACAAAUGUAAACAAAAUAAUCAUUAAAAUGAACAAAAAAUAAUGAACAAAAUAAAUAAAAUAAUCAAGACAGUGGACACAAUAAUCAAUGAAAUGAACAAACUAAUAAAGCAAUUUACAAAAGUGUCCCGAUCCACGUGUUACGAAACUAGACGUGGUGACUACAACUCCCAGAAAUCACUGCGAUCAAAGUGAAACUACCGGGUUUCGGGGUUGCACACACUUCAGCCUGCAGGUGAACUCUUUUUCUCACCCUGAAGUCUGUUGCGCACUUCAAAGUGUGUUUUUACUGUAGAUAUGGAUUUUAAAAUACGCCCUGCAAGAAAGGAAGAUUGUAAGGAUGUAUCGCGAAUGAUAAUGGAGCUGGCGGUCUUUGAAAACAUGCCGGACCAGGUCAAAAUAUCUCAUGAAGAACUGGAACGUGAUGGGUUCUGCCAGAAUCCCUUCUUCGAAUGUCUCAUUGCAGAAGUACCGGAGGAGCAUAAAUCUAAAGAUGGCUUCACGGUUGUUGGGUACGCCCUUUACUUUUACACUUAUAGUACAUGGAAGGGACGAUCAGUGUAUCUGGAGGACCUGUAUGUGAUGCCAGAGUUCAGAGGAAAUGGUAUUGGAAAAGGUUUACUCAGUAAAGUUGCAGAGGUGGGGAAAGAGAAGCAGUGUGUGCGGCUGAACCUUUCUGUGUUGGACUGGAAUACUUCAGCUCGAGAGUUUUAUGCUGCAAAAGGAGCUCAGAACCUCACUGAGAGUGAAGGAUGGCACUCUAUACGUUUUGAUAAAUUAAACAUGGAAAAUUUAGCAAAGGAAGCUCCUAAAGAUUAGUCAUUUCACUAAAUUAGAUAUACAGUGUCUGGUUGUAAUUUUUUUUAAAAUUUUGUUAUAGAAAUAAACAUUUUGUGGGAUGAUUCCAACAUA